AUUUUUCCCCGGUGGUUACAAUAUUCUUUGGCACACAACUAAUUAAAAAAUUAAACUUCAUUUGCAGAUCAAACUAUAGGCUUGGGUAUUAAAAUAUAGUUUGUUAGUUAUUAUAAAUAACAUUCAAAACGAAACAUCCUACAGGAACCUCCCUUCCUUGAAAACAAAAACACACCAAAGUCCUCUUCCUCCACAUAAGACACAUAUACACAUACACAUAGAGAUUGAGAGAUCGAAGAGAUUUAAAGGAGAGAUGGGAAGGUCACCUUGCUGCGAGAAAGCACAUAUGAACAAAGGAGCUUGGACUAAAGAAGAAGAUCAGCUUCUCGUUGAUUACAUUCGCAAACACGGUGAAGGUUGCUGGCGAUCUCUCCCUCGAGCCGCCGGGUUGCAGAGAUGUGGUAAAAGUUGUAGGUUGAGAUGGAUGAAUUAUCUAAGACCAGAUCUCAAGAGAGGUAAUUUCACUGAGGAAGAAGACGAACUCAUCAUCAAACUCCAUAGCUUGCUCGGUAACAAAUGGUCAUUGAUUGCUGGGAGAUUACCAGGAAGAACAGACAACGAGAUCAAAAACUAUUGGAACACUCACAUCAAGAGGAAGCUUCUCAGCCGUGGGAUCGACCCAAACACACACCGUCCGAUCAACGAAUCCACAAACGCUCCAUCCAAAGCGACGCCGUCUCUUCAAACCGGUGUCGUCGACGAGUCUGUAAAAUUCGAUUUCGCCGGACCGGAUAAACAACCGACGGUUAAACCGGAACCGGGGGUACAAAACCGGGAAGAAGGUUAUAAUAACUGCUCGAGUAGCGGAACGACGACGGAGAAAGAUAUUCAGACGGACGACGAUUGGGUGCUCAACUUGGAACUCUCUGUUGGACCAGCGACGACGAGUUAUCGGUACGAGUCAACUCGGAAGGCGAAUCUUGACUCGGCCGAGUCGACUCGACGGUGGGGCCCUGAGUUGUUCGGGGCUCAGGCUUCGGUGUGUUUAUGUUGUCGGAUAGGGUCCCAUGAUGAGUCGUGUCGGAGUUGUCGAAUUUCCGAUGUUAGAACCAUUUGGGAGUCGAAAAUUCUUUAGGAAUCUUUCAUAUAUUAGUUUAAUUUGUAAUUUUGUUUUCUUUUGUAACGCAUCAAGUAACAAAAUAGCAUAAUUUAUCUGAUGUGAAAGAGAUUAAUUA